CUGAGUCCAGAGUCCACAGCGAGGAAACCUUCACAAUCACAGCUGGAAGGGAAGUUAACAGUGAGGCGCAGAAAGAUCCAAAGUUGUUUUAGAGACUUUGAAAAACAGUGUGCACCAAAAUCUUAGUGGCUCACAUUAACUGUUAAAAGGAUCUAAUUAGACUGUAAAACAGAUUCGGGGGAGCAGCUGGUUUUAGUUGAAAGCAGGUUCUGGAUGUCUGCAGCGGGGGAAGUCUGUGAUGUGGAGUUCAGCUUCGCAGAGGAGAAGGACUCCCAACAGGUCCUGAACAUCUGCAGCAAGGAUGACUACAGUGGGCUGGACUACCUGCCUGCGACCUUUCACCGCUGGCUGCAGGAGCCUGGACGUCUCAUCUUCAUCGCUAGGAUGAAGAACAGAGUGGUGGCGCUGGAGUCUGUGCUGUUUGUUGACGGUGGUCAGACGGUCGUGUUUCAGGGCUUCAGGGUAGUACCUGAUUUGAGAGGUUCUGGAAUCGCCGGCGCCCUCCAGAGGCACGUGAACGCUUACAUCCGCCACCACCACCCAGACGCCUCGACUGUCAGGCUGACCCGCGGAGACCAGCCCUCACCACAAGUCCUGGCCAAGUACAGAUUCAUAGCUAAAGAGGCCAUCUUGUCUCUGUGCUGCGAGGCAACUGACCUCGGCCGCUUCGUCGCUGAGCUUCAGUCCAGACUCUCCUGCCAGGCUGACUCCUCCCCCGGAGGUCCAGUGACUCUGAACCAGCAGCAGGCGGAGACUCUGGUCCUGACCGACCAUGUGGUUUCCAACUUGCUGCCCGGCAAAACCAUCAUCAACGACUGGGAGCCUCUGAAGCCCGUGGAGGCCAACCUGGAGGUGCUGCGCCGCAGGAGUCUGACAUGGAUUGCAGACCGCGAGUUUGAGCCCUCAGCCAUCAGCCUGUGCACCGCACCGUACGCCGUCCCCUACCGCCACGACGCCCUGCAUUUCAACAUCAACAUCUUUGGCCGCAGUUUGUCUUCGGUCUGCGCCGUGUUUCUGGCUCAGCUUGAAGCUUUGCUGCCAAGUCUCCAAGGGUACCUGAUCUUCCACACCUAUGUGGACCCUGCAGUUUGGUCAGGGUUACGUCAGUUCUGCCAGAACAACGCUAAUGUGUCAUUCUUCAAGGACUACUGGGAGGACGUCAUACUGGAGAAAGACCUCUGAAUUGCCUUGGCUUUGUAGAAAUCCUUAGGGGUCCUACAGUUAUUUCAAUGUCUUUUAGGGGUUUCAGAGGUUCUUGUGGGUUUUUUAAGGAUUUAGGAUUAAAUUUCAGGGAUCCUUGGAGGCAUUCAUGGUGUUCUUGGAGGGUUUCCUGGGACUCCUGCAGUAUUUCCAGAAGCUCAGGGUUCAUCAGGGUCCCUGAAGGAGUAGCAUGAGCCUUUGAGGCAUGUAAGGGGUUGUUUGGGUCUUUGAGCGCUACCAGCAAUUCAAGACUGGUUUCUCCUCAUGGAGUUUCACUGGCUCCUCACAGGUUUUAAAAUCUCCAGAUGGGCGUCCAGAGAUACUUUGUGGGGAUUCCAGGUUCAUUAAUUGGGUUUCAGGGAUUCUGGGUGGGCUUCCAGGUGUUGGCGCUCUUCAGUAAAGAAUUUAGCCUUUAAAUUAAAAUUGAAUGAAAAAAGUAAUAAGCAGUGCAAUCAGUAAAAGUGGGUCAGAUUUUAUGUGUAUAUGACAAACCUCAAUAAAAUAUCAGGUGCAUUUUUUUUACACAAAUCUUCAUGUGAAUUCUGUUUUAUCAUGUGACAUCGGCCCGUGAGAAGAUUCUUUUCUUUUAAUCAUUUUUUGCUUUGUAUGGAAGACAAGGUUCACAGUUUAUGAUCUCACAUGAUGUUCAUUUUCCUCAAAUGUUGCACUGUCAGCAUUUUUUCAGUCUGUCAUCCCAUGUUACAGAAGGGAAAAAUAAGGUCACAAUAAAGCUUUGGACAGUGUUGACUCAUA